AAAAGAAGCUGACAAAGCAAUUAUCAGCAACUGUACGUCAGCGAAAGAGGUCCUUGCGGAAUUGGAAAAGGUCUACGAUCCGGAGUCACAGGGGUCAAAACAGGCCUUGAUGCGGAAGAUGUUCGACUUUGCAACCCCCACACACAGCAACGCAACCCCAUCGAGCACCUGUAGUUUCUCGAGCUGCUGUACGCCCGCCUGCAGCGAAAAGGGGCUCAAUGCUGAACAACCCUUCGUUCUCGCCCACUUCGUUGGUUCCCUCCCACCCGAGUACCAACAAGCGAAGUUCCUGUUGGAGACAGCAACGGCGCUGGAUAGGGCCGAGAUCGUCAGGAUCGUGAGCACGGUGCACGCGAGCCUCCCGGAGGGAAGGAAGGCCUCGAAGGGCCAGCGUAGGGCGGAGCAUGCUCUCCUCGCGAGUGACGGUGGCGGCGGGGGAGGAGCGCCGGGCCGCGGCAACAGCGGCCGCCGCAAGGGUCGCGGCGGCGGCGGCGGCAACCAGAAGGGGGAAGCGGGUGGCGCGAAGGCUCGUGGCGGCGGUGGAGGCGGCGACGCCGAUACGGGGCCGAAGCGAGAGGAUAAGGAGAGAGGGGAGUGGCCGGUGAGGGAGGCCAUCGGCAGCAUGAUGUGGGUGUCGACUUUCUCGCGUCCAGACGUCUCGUUCGCCGUGCGUGCGGUAGCGCGCCACGCCCACGCCCCGGCGAAGCGGCACUGGGAUGCCAUACAGAAGAUCCUCGGCUACCUGAAAGGGACGAGGGACCUCGGCAUCACCUACCAACGGGGAUCGGGUUUAGGGCUUGCCGUGUACGUAGACGCUAGCUACGCCGACACGGAGGAUAGGCGUUCGGUGUCAGGGUUGGCGACGACGGUUGGAGGUACCGUAGUCAGCCAUGGUAGCAAGACGCAGAGCAUCGUGUCUUUGUCUUCGACGGAAGCCGAGUACAUUGCUGCCGGGCAGGGCGUCAAGGAGGCGUUGUUUGUGCGUGCUGUGCUUCGUUCGUUGCCCCAGAGACCAGUGGUAGCAGUAUCCAUGG